AUGAAUACAGAGUUGCUGAGGGUUUUUACAAGGCAGGAAGUUGAAGUUGCCUUAAAGCAAAUGGCACCCUUGAAGGCUCCGGGUCUAGAUGAAUCACAGAGUGCUUUCCAAUCAGAUAAAGCAAUUUCGGAUAAUAUCCUAGUUGCCUUUGAAACACUAUACCGUAUGAAGAUGAAGAAAUUAGGCAAAGAGGGGUACAUGGCUAUGAAGUUGGAUAUGAGUAAGGCCUAUGAUAGGGUAGAAUGGAUCUUCCUUGAGAGUUUAAUGUUCAAGUUGGGCUUUCAUGAAAAAUGGGUAGGGAUGGUGAUUUCUACGGUGAAAACUAUCUCUUAUUCCAUUCUAGUUAAUGGCGAACCACAGGGGAAUAUUCAACCAACAAGAGGGAUUAGGCAGGGAGAUCCCUUAUACCCCUACUUAUUUAUGCUUUGCUCUGAAGGACCUAAUGGAUUGCUCCAAAAAUCUGUGGCUGCUGGUGAUCUUAGAGGUUUCUCUUUAUGUAAGUAUGUCCUGCAAAUCUCUUAUCUUUUUUUCGCUGAUGAUAGUUUGAUCUUUUGUCGAGCAAAGAUGGGUGAUGUGCAAACUAUCCAAGCUAUUUUAUCUAUGUAUGAAAAGGCUUUAGGGCAGAAGGUGAAUGGCCUAAAGACAAACUUAUUUUUUGGGAAGUCGGUUUCUGAUAACACUAAAAAUGCUUUGAAAGAUUUCUUGGGUGUUCCAAAAAUAAAGGAGUAUGAAAAAUACUUAGGACUUUCAGCAAUUUGUGGCAAGAGGAGGAAGAUCCAUUGGAAGAAGUGGGAAACUCUUUAUCUAUCCAAGAGUGAAGGUGGGAUGAACUUUAAAGAGUUAAGCAAAUUCAAUGAAGCCAUGUUAGCAAAGCAAGUUUGGAGAUUGAUUCAUGAUAAGGAGUCCCUCUUCUAUCGGGUGUUUAGGGCAAAGUUUUUCCCUUUAGGUGACAUUUUUUCAGCUCAAGUCAAGUCGGGCUCCUACGCAUGGCGCAGUAUUUUGAGUGCUCGUAAAGUAGUGGCUGCAAGGGCCAGGUGGAGAAUCUGUAAUGGGCUUACUACCCGUAUAUAUUCUGAUUGUUGGCUGCGAGGUGCGGCUUCAGGUAAGAUCUCUUCCCAAAUCUCGGAUAUACCAGCAAAUGCCGUUGUGGCUGACCUCUUUGAGGAAAAUUCGGGUUGGUGGAAUGGGGUGUUGAUAGAUCAAUAUUUUUCUCCUUUUGAAGCUCAGAAAAUAAAGUCUAUCCCUGUAUGUAUCACCCCUCAAGAAGACAUUUUAAUCUGGCCAAAGACAAGGGAUGGGAAAUAUUCAGUUAAGACGGGCUACCAACUUCUUCGAGAAAUGGAAAACAGUGAGCUGGCUUCGUCUUUAGACUCUGGGGAAAACAAAAAAUUCUGGACUGGUAUCGGAGUCGUUGUUCGAAACUCCUUGGGUGAAGUUCUGGCAGCAUUAUCCGAGAUCAUCCCUCUGCCAUUGUCUAUUGUUGUUCUGGAAACAAUUGCAGCGCGAAGAGCAGUCACCUUUCUUCAAGAGCUCGGCUUGGGGCAGUUCUAUCUUUGA